AUGUCCGACAACGAAGACGACUUCUUCAGUAAUCUUGCAAAAAAGAAUGCGAAUAACGACUCUUCCACUCCGGAUGCAGCCGAAGCCGACGGCUUCACGAAGGAGGAACAGGAAAUUUUACAGACUGCGCUGGCCGAAUGGAAGGUGAAAGCUGGCAGCGAUGGCGCGUCCGCUUUGGCAGGACUCUCUGCCCGAGCUGCAAAGGAUAUUGCAAGCCUUAGACAGGUGGACUCUUCAGCCGAACUGGAGCAGGCUGUUAGCUUGUGGCUCACAAAUGAGACAACGGUUGCCAAGAUUUCGUGGAAACCCAACUGGCAGCCAGGGAGGAAGUGGAACACUUUCGACAUUGCAGAGCUUCGCCAACAGCCCAACUACCUCGCCAAGAUGGACACCUUGUGGGAGGAACAGCUGGCGGCAAUCAAGGAGGCAAUGCCGACUGUGAACCCUGAAGACUAUCCUCAGUUCCCUUCCAGGGGUAGUUCGCACUGGUUGUCCCUGUACAGCCGUGCUCGGAGCUUGGUAUACCUUGCCUUAGACCAGGCCACAGUAGAUGAAUACCAGAAGAUUGCCGAUAGUGCCAACACAACUGGUGCACCACCGGAUAUUCAAGACUUGACUUUUGAUCGCCGGUUCCAGCCAGCUCUGAAGAAUAUUGCCGACUACCUGUGGAAAGGUUGGCACGUCAUUCUCAAGAUCGAGUAUGCGAAGUACAAGGCUGAUGGCGGCGUGCGAUUUGGAUGCUGGGAUGGGACCCGAAUUCAUCGUAUGCCUGGGACGAAGGCGUUUACCUCUGUGGAAGGGAUGCAACCAGGCACCUGCGCCUGCUUCAAGGGAUGGGUUGAUUAUGGACACGCUGGUAUAGGUCAAGGCACAAAGGAAGCCAUAGCCAAAGCAUCGGCACCAAAGCGGACACAAGUCCAUUCGGACGCCGACGGCUACCCCAAGGUUCCAGCAACCUACCGGAACACAAAGGACCUCCAGCACAUAUGCCGACAAUACGUUACCAUGGCUCUUGCUCAUGCUUCCCACCGCACAAAGGUACAGGUACCUUGGACCACAAUUGCUGAGAAGCCUUCCAAGUACAUUGAAGGCGACGCAUUCCCGCUAUUCUGCUAUGAUGCCGAUGAGGGUAACGUUCCCCUCCACCUUGUCAAUCCUGACGACAUGCACAUCGGCCCUCUUAAGACCCUUAUUGAUCAUUGGCGCACUCAAGAAAAGAAAGGCAUGCGGCCUGUUCGCUUCACGAAGGCUUUCCUGGAUGAACUCCCAGCUGGAAGGUAUAGGGCUAGGCGACGAUAUGGUAAAUCAUACGCCGACGCCGACAUAGCACGCACACACAUUCCCCAGAAGAAACCAACAUUGUCGGCGUCAUCAGGGGGACGACACAACGCCCCAAAACCAAAGCAAGCCCAUUUGCCUCGUCAUUUAAAGCGUGGCCGACCCACUGCCACACGCACUGACGAUGUUGACGAGGAUGGCUCCUCUAGCUCCUCCGAAGACGAGAACAUGGAUAUUUCUCUUGUUUCUCGGCGCCCUAAGAAGAAGGUGAGGCCAGUAAUCCACUCAGACGAGUCGGGCAAUGAAGGGACUGCUGGUGUGUCUGGCGAUCCCAGCAACGUCGCACAGGAGGAUGAAGGAGAGGGUGAGGAUGAGGAUGAGGAUGAGGAUGAGGAUGAGGAUGAGGAUGAGGAUGAGGAUGAGGAUGAGGAUGAGGAUGAGGAUGAGGAUGAGGAUGAGGAUGAGGAUGAGGAUGAGGAUGAGGAUGAGGAUGAGGAUGAGGAAGAGGAGGAAGACGACGACAACGACGACAAGCAGGACGAGGAAGAGGAAGUCGCUGACCAGGAUGACAAGGAUCAACUUGACGCCGACCAGGAUGACUCAGAGAUGGAUGAGGUGGAAGGCCAGGUGGUUGUCGGCAUGGACGAAGCUGAGACGGAGGAGCAGGAGGAAGAGCAGGAAGAGCAGCAGGAGCAGGAGCAAGGACAAGGUUUGUCCUCAACUCAUUGCUCCUACAUUGAAGACGCCGCUGCGAUCGGCACCACCGUGUCAAAGCCCACGGGCGGCAUGUGGUCCAGCAAUGCUCCUGCCUUUGCUGCCGUGCUGAGCUCGAUGUCGGCAGGCGUCCAUGGAGCUGCAACCACAGGUGCACCAAAGGGAACUCAAGUGUCCAUGGACCAUCAAACAGUGUCUGCAAAGACAACAAUCAAGGAUGACCAAGGUCCCAGGAUGGCUAAGAGUGCUGUAGCCUUGGCAUCAGAGCCUAGAGGCCUCCGCAGCAGCAGGAAGGUGCCAAUACGUGGUCAGACGUUGAAGGCGGCAACAGACCCCAUAGUGCCAUCCAACGUCGGCGUCAAGACCAGGGCCCAACUCAAGGACAUGUCCAAUACGAUGGUCACAAGAAGCCGCGGCGUCAAUAAGAGGAAAUCGGACAAGGUGAAGGAGGCUGUGCCCUCGAAGAGGAGAAAGACACGCCGAUAG